AUGCGGGGAGGUAGAUGCGUGAUUGGAUGCCAGGUUUUCGGCUGGAAACAUGCCGGCUUCGCGAGGCAGGAGCUGCAUAGAUCGGCGGUACGGAUACGAAUCGCUUCCGUGCAAGUAGUAAGCAAGGAGGGUCACAGUUUGAAAUGGUUGCUUGCCGGGCACGCGGAGCGGUACGCUGGCAGCGUCCCAUUAUCGUCUUGUCAUCGCUCAAAGUGCUGUUGCAGGUACACCGGCCAAAGUUCCUCCGUCUCGUCAUCGGUAGCGAACGCCCGAUUUGUUACGUCACAAUGGUUUUCGAUGAACCCGGGCAAUUUACACCAUGGAGUGAGCUCACUGCCGUCGGGCGUUCCAUACUCGGGCAACAGCACCGGGGAUGUCAUCUUUGCCUGA